CUCUUGAACGCGUCAGCCAUUCACGGGACACAUGCAAAUUACCGUGUCCAAUCGUCGUCCAGUGGGCGGAGCCAGAUGGAAUCGAACUCACGUUGCACAAAUGUGUCUUGAGCUGGGAAUACCAGGCGAUUUAGCUUUGUGACUGAGGCACAAUUAAAAAUAGUUUUAAGACGACCGGGCGAACCGUUCACCGAAAAAUACAUUGAAGUGGACACACGCGUGUGGGGACAAAGUGCUGAAGACAAACUACCUCUCUUGCGUUCUACACUGAUUAAAAGACCCCAUGGAAGCCAUUCCUGUUGUUGACCAUAUGAAGACCCCCCCUGACCAGUGUGAUUGGCGGAAUUACCAGUGAUGUGUGACCAAAGUGUAGAGAUGCCCGCUGGUGACAGCUGCCCAGGUGGAGAGGAGCCUGCGAUACCCUCAGCCACAGAAGAAGGUGGCAGGGAAGAUGGGAUUUCAUCAGGGCAACAGGUCAGAGGAGCUCCAUCCAGAAAUGUCAGGGUUUACGAGUAUGGCACGUCAGGUGGAGAAGUGGGGCAGGAAGACGAGGAGAUGACUAGCGGAUCGCACGACCUCUCUUCCCCAGACAACCACAGCACUGGAAGUGCCACAGGAUCCACCUCUGCCUCCACAAAGAGCAGUGUGACUGCAGACGGCAGUAAAGGUCAUGUCCAUAAAGAGAUGAUGAACACAGUAGCUGAGAUGAAGAAGAGGCUUCCAUCUGAUAAACGCACCCGGAGCAAAGUCAGCACUGUAGAGGCCUUGCAUUAUGCCCUCAAGUGUGUCAAACAAGUGCAAGCAAAUAGCGAGUAUUACAAAUUGCUGAUGAGAAAUGGUCAGGAUGAGAAGAGGAACGUUACCGCUUGCACUCGUGAAGAGCUGGAGAGGGUCACGUCAGAGCACACCCUUAAAAACACGGACUCUUUCGUGGUGGUGUUCUCCCUGUCGAGUGGCUGUGUUCUACAUGCAUCAGAGCAGGCUCCCAGCAUCCUAUGCUGCAAGAGGAAAUUCCUCGAGUCAGCCAAAUUUGUUGAGUUGCUCUUCCACCAGGAUGUAAACGUCUUCUACUCGCACACGGCACAGCCACAUCUCCCGCCCUGGACCAACUCGCACACAGCAGGGGUUCUAUUUGACUCUGCCCAGGUCAAAUCUUUCUUCUGCCGAAUCAGAGGUGGUAAGGACCGUGAGGGUGAGAUGCGCUACAACCCAUUUCGUGUCACGCCCUACCUGCUGAAAGUUCAUGGAACGGGGACCAGUGGAGCGGGCGAAGAGCUGUGCUGCUUGGCGCUGGCUGAACGCAUUAUUUCUGGAUAUGAGGCACCACGAAUCCCCAUGGACAAGCGCAUCUUCACCACCACACAUUCGCCCGGCUGUGUGUUCCUCGAGGUGGACGACAGGGCAGUGCCAUUGCUGGGAUACCUUCCUCAAGAUCUGAUCGGCACAUCAUUGCUGACGAGCAUUCAUCCAGACGACCAUGCCCUCAUGCUGUCUAUGCACCGAAAGGUGUUGAAGUAUGCUGGUCAGCCACCGUUUGAACACUCACCGGUUCGAUUGCGCUGUCAGAAUGGAGACUACAUCACUUUGGACACCAGUUGGUCCAGCUUCAUCAACCCUUGGAGCCGGAAAGUGGCCUUCAUCAUAGGACGCCAUAAAGUCAGAACAACUCCGCUGAAUGAGGAUGUGUUUGCUGCGCCGUGUAAAGUGGAUUUAACUGUGAUCCAUGAAGAAAUUAAAGAUUUGCAAGCCAAGAUUUACAAGCUUUUCUUGCAGCCUGUUCACAACAACGGUUCCAGUGGUUAUGGAAGCUUAGGAAGUAACGGUUCCCAUGAGCAUUAUAUCAGCGUAGCUUCUUCAAGCGAUAGCAAUGGUAACUUGUGGGAGGACUCACACCGGGAACCCAUGUCGCUUCAGCAAAUCUGUGCAGAUGUGAACAGAGUCAGGAAUUGGGGACAGCCAGCCCAUUUUGAUUCCAGCCACAAAAUAGCUCUUCUUCGAAAACCCACCCCAGCACACUUGAUUCCAGUAGCCUCCAAUCCUGAGGUGAGGGAUCCUGAAGAAAGCAGGAAACAAAGACACAUUCCCUCCUACCAGCAGAUCAACUGUGUGGACAACAUUAUUAGAUAUUUGGAGAGCUGCACUGGCCCAGCUCUGAAAAGAAAGAGUGAAUCUCAUUCCCUAGCCACUUCCUCUUCUUCCUCAUCCUCUACCUCCGAAGAUGACAAGCCUGCCAGAGCCCAUGACACAGUUCAAGCUGCUUCAGAUGUGGCAAUGUUGGAAAGUGAAGUGUCGGUUGAUCCAAGCACAGCAGCUGUUGUUGGAGCUCCUCUGACAGACAUCACCAUGUCCACCAAGGCAAUGAGUGUGGUCUCUGUGACCAGUCAGUGUUCAUACAGCAGCACCAUCGUCCAUGUGCCCCAACCCGAAUCAGAGGCAACAGCCCUAGAGGACGUGCCAAUGGGAAGCGAGCCAACUGAUCCUGCUCCAGCCCCGCUCCGUCCUGCACCUAGUCCAGCAACUGAGGAGCGAAGAUUUGUAGGUCUCACUAAGGAGGUGCUUUCAGCUCACACGCAGAAGGAGGAGCAGGAAUAUGUGGACCGAUUCCGCAAUCGUAUUCUUCAGAGCCCAUAUAGUUUCUAUCUCCAGCUGGAUAACAGCUCCAUGGCCCACUCCCAACACAGAGGUGAAUAUCCACGUCCAAUACACGUCGGGGGGCUGAACCGCUCUCGAAGAGUAAAGCCAAGACUUAGGCGCCCCAAACCUCUCGGCUCAUCAGAUAGCUAUGCCUCUCCACCUGGACCUACUCGUCGCAUCCCGGACUCCUCCUGGCCCUCCUCAGAAUCCUCCCAGCCACAGAUGGGAGUGCCCUACAGUCAAGCCCCCCCACUUCAAGCGCCAUUCUUUCCCAUGUUGACAACUCAACAAGCCCCAGAGCAACCGGCAAGACUGCAACAGCUACCUGGAACCACUCCAGUGGUGGUGCAGCCCCCAGACCAGACCCAGCUCAACUACAACUUCCACCUUAUGCAGCAAAACCAGAACCUGCCAGGUAUCCAACAUAUCCAGAUGGAACCCUUCCAGAAUCUGCAGUAUAGCCCCAAUUUUAACAACAUCCAGGUCAUGCCUCCAGCUCAGAGUAUCAAUCCCUUCAUGACACCUGUCAUGGCUGUCAUCCUGCCCAACUACCCAAGUUUCACAUCAGGUUAUCCAUCAAUUUACUCCCCCUCCACUACCUCCAUGCUGCCCCAGGCACCUUUCACGAUGGGAGGAUUCACCCCUGCUGCCCCUUUCCCGCAACCGCAGUUCCAACCCCAUCCUGUGCCCCAAUCACAGACCUCCCCUGGUCCCCCGCUCGGCUCACCCAGAGCCUGCUCCUCUGUCGAGGAGGAGGAGGAGACUGCAGACCCGCGUGCAUUAUUCUCCAGCUCACGCUCAAGUUCUCCACUUCAGCUCAACUUGCUGCAGGAGGAACUGCCAAAACCAAACGAGUUACAGAGCAGCACUGGACACAACAUUGCAGAAAGCCAUCGUGAGCAGGGUGACAAUGAGGGUGAUGUCCCGAGUGAUUCUGGGAACCAUGAUGCUCAGUCCACAUCCAGUGAGCUGCUUGACCUCCUGCUUCAAGAAGAUGCACGGUCAGGGACUGGCUCCAAUGCCUCUGGAUCUGGAUCAGGGGAGUCUGGAGGCUCACUGGGAUCUGGUUCUGCCUCAAAUGGAACCUCUACCUCACACGCUUGGGUUGCACAUGGAGAACGGCUGUGUGGAGUAUUGGAUGGAGCCGACACCGGCAACAGCAACAGCAGCAAAUACUUUGCCAGCAAUGAUUCCUCAGACACGUCACGCAAAGCCCGCAAGAACCAGGAAACGCCAGUUGAGCACCAACACAACUUCGACAAUCAGGUGGAGAGUUCGCUGUGGAGCAUGAUCCAGCACACGUCGGAGCAUGUCAUGAUGACAUACCAGAUCCAUACCAGGGAUCAGAAGGAGGUUUUGGCUGAGGACAAGGAGAAACUGCGAGCGCUUCAGCCUCUCCAGCCGUGGUUCACCCAAGAUCAGCGAGAGGAACUGGCCCUUGUCCAUCCUUGGAUUCAGCAGCACACCGUCCCACAAGAGAUAGACACUCAGGGUUGUGUGACCUGUAGCGCCGAUGCACGAAUGGCCCAGUCACCUUUGCCUCCAGACCCUGACAGCUCGUCCCCUCUGGAGGUCCUGGAGCCGGACUCCAUUGUGGACACUUGAGAGCUGUGACCCGCAAAGUACCAUCCACCCUCCAUCUUUUCUGAUCAGGCCGGAGAAUUUGUUCUCUGUGCUUUAGCCUAGCUAGAUUUGUAAAGGGGGCAAGCAAUAUGGGCAUUACAUUUUCCAGAUUUUUACGCUGGGUCAGCCUAAAGUGACUGCUGUCAUGGGGCCAUGACUAUUAUACCUCUCCGUGUUGUUUUUUGAAGUAUAUCCUUCAGCGACCAGAUGCGUAUUUCAAGAAGGCCGUUUUGUUGCUGCCCCCUGAACAUGAACCCGGUGGACCCACAAUAGGCCUGCAGAUCAGAUGUGACCACGUGACAGGACGAAGACCAUACCGGUCGUAGCACUGCGACACACUUCAGUGACAAUGGAGUACAAGUUGAAAGACGAUAUUAGCGAGUGGAUCUCUUUGUAAAUUUCCCUUGAACAUGAGCACUGUGCGCACAAAGACUUUGCUUCCCCAGUUUGUGCAUCCCAACACAAACCAAGCUAUUAAUGUACAUGGUGUACACAUGAACUCCUUCAGUGACCUAAUGUCGCACCAUGGUGGACACCUGCUAUCUUGUUUGUAGAUGGUUGUCUGGAUACAAAGAUGUGCUGCUUUCUGUCAAAUAUUGCUCUUUAUUGGUUCCAUCGCUGAAGUGUCAUCCGUGUAUCCCUUAGAUAGAUUGUCUGUCGUUGAGACGUUCGUUGUGUUAGGCGGACUCCCAACCAACAGCAGGUACAUGGUGAUGAUCAUUUCAACAGCGCCCGGGCCCCAAAAAUCCUACCCUACCCUCAACCUAUUGUACCAAGUACAUAUGAGGCUAGGAUAACUGACGUAUUUCUUUUUGUGUGUGCGUGUUUCCCCUCGACUCUGAAUGUUGUAGCCGGUUUCCUGCCACUCUUAAGUGAGCGUGUGACUGCUGCUUCCUUCCAAACAGUGGCACAUCUGUGGAAAACCAAUUUGGUUUUUCUCACCAAUUUUAGAAUGAGAUUAAAUAGAACAGUAUCAUGUUUUCGUAGGAGACAGAUACACAAAACGUCAGUGUAUAAAAGCCAUUUGUCUUGAAUUCAGGG